GUUCUCUUUUUCAUCCUGGACAUCCUCACACAGUAGAGAGAGAGAGUCUCUAGAGAGAGAGAGACUGAGAAAGGUCACCAUUUCACCUCUCUCUGGUGCAUCUUUCACACCUCUCUCUCUCUCUCCCCAUCAUCAUCAUCAUCACGGCAGCUGACCGAACUCUCUCUGCUGCCUAUCUAGCUCCUCAAAUUCUCGAACUUGAAUUCCCGGAACUCCAUCCAGACCAGGAAGCAGAAUCUCAGAUCAUAUCUUGCUCCAGAAUCUCCCAAUAGAGCCAUGUUUCAUGGGCAUCCGCGGUCAUGGUCCAGUGAGCUGCUGCUGCCGUGGGCGUUCCUGGCCCUGCUGAGCUUCGCCGGGCGGGGAUGCUAUGGGUUCGGGACCUUCGGGUUCGAUAUGCACCACCGUUUCUCGGAUCCGGUCAAGGGAGUGCUGGACGUCGACGAUUUUGAGCUGCCCCAGAAGGGCAGCGUGCCUUACUACGCCUCCAUGGCCCAUCUCGACAGGGCCAUCCACGGCCGUCGGCUGGCCCAGGAUCCGACGCCCCCCCUCACUUUCUCCCCCGGCAACGAAACCUACCGCCUCAGCUCCUUCGGAUUUUUGCACUAUGCGAAUCUAACAGUUGGGACCCCGAGUUCGUGGUUUCUCGUUGCACUUGACACGGGCAGCGACCUGUUCUGGUUGCCCUGUGACUGCAAGAAGUGUGUCACUGCCUUGCAGACUUCUUCAGGACAGAGAUUAGACCUCAACAUCUACAGCCCCAACACUUCAUCCACAAGCUCGACUGUGCCCUGCAACAGCUCUAUAUGCACAACUCAAUCCCGGUGUGCUUCAGCUCUCAGCUCUUGCCCUUACGAAGUUAUUUAUCUCUCCAAUGGCACCUCAUCCACGGGGAUUUUGGUGGAGGAUGUUUUGCAUUUGAUAACGGAUGAUGAUCAAACAAAGGCUGUUGAUGCUCGGAUCACACUUGGCUGUGGUCAGGUUGAGACCGGUUCCUUUUUGAAUGGUGCUGCUCCAAAUGGUCUAUUUGGGCUUGGCAUGAGAAACAUAUCAGUUCCGAGCAGAUUAGCCAAAGAGGGGGUUGCUGCUAACUCAUUUUCCAUGUGCUUCGGCCCUGACGGCAUGGGGAGAAUAAGCUUCGGGGAUAAAGGCAGCACUGAUCAAGGAGAAACGCCAUUCAAUCUGCAGCAACCACAUCUGACUUACAAUGUCACAGUCACUCAAUUAAGCAUUGGAGGGAACACUACGGAUCUUGAGUUCACGGCAAUUUUCGAUUCUGGCACCUCGUUCACAUACUUGAAUGAUCCUGCUUACACGCUUAUUUCUGAAAGUUUUGAUUCUGUGUCCCAAGAUGAGCGGCUGCCAUCAGACUCCGAUCUACCAUUUGAAUACUGCUAUGCUAUAAGCUCGAACCAGACCAGCUAUGCAUAUCCAACAGUAAAUCUCACAAUGAAGGGCGGGGACCAGUUUUAUGCGAAUGAUCCUACAAUAUUGGCUAAAAUGCAGGAUGACUCAUACGUCUACUGCCUUGCCCUAGUGAAGAGCGGAGAUGUAAAUAUUAUUGGACAGAACUUCAUGACUGGUUACCGCAUAAUUUUUGAUCGUGAGAAAAUGGUGCUCGGUUGGAAGGCAUCUGACUGCUAUACUGCGAACAAUUCCAGCGUGCUAAAUAUCCCGAGGACUAACGCUGCGGCGGUUCCUCCUGCAAUCGCCGUCAACCCACAAGCCACAUCAGGAGGUGGCAGCGGUUCUCAGACACCAUCAAACGCUUCGAGCUGUCUGCAGCUGUUGAGCUGUUUUACUUUUGUCAUGAUUCUUUUCUCAUUCUUCUCCACAGUCUGAUCAUUUUUCGUCUUCCGAGGCCUGUCCGCAGCCGUAUAUAAUUUAUAGGAACUCAUUAUUAGGCAUACAUACAGCAUAUGAUGAAGAGAGGGACUCCCGCUCGCAAUUUUUGAACCGUGCUGCAUUUGUAAGUAUAUCAGGUCUGGUCUUACUGCCGCAUUACAGAGAUGAUGCUUUGUUGUUUGAAGUUCUAGUUACUCUACGGUUUCAUACUGGAAACCGACAGUGAGUUCAAGAACGUUGA